GUCCAUUCGUCCUUUUCUCCAUCCUUAUACACCUGCACCGCUAUGAGUAUCGUCAACAUUACGCAGGUCAACGUCCUCGACAACCCUACUCAUUUUGCAAACCCAUAUCAGUUUGAAAUCACCUUUGAAUGCAUCGCUCCACUAGCAGCUGAUCUCGAAUGGAAGAUCAUUUAUGUGGGUUCAGCUAAUAGCAAUGCUCAUGACCAGGUACUGGAGUCCAUCAUGGUUGGACCUGUUCCUGUUGGUGUAAACAAGUUUGUCUUCCAGGCCGAUGCCCCUAAGCCUGAGCUGAUUCCUCAUAACGACAUCGUAGGCGUGACAGUUAUUCUCAUCACUUGUUCGUAUCAGGACAAAGAGUUUGUCAGGAUUGGAUAUUAUGUCAAUAACGAUUACUUGGAUGAGGAACUUCGUGAGAACCCACCAGAACAGAUUGCUUACGACAAGCUUUAUCGGUCUAUUUUGGCAGAGAAGCCAAGAGUCACCCGUUUUCCUAUCAAUUGGGAAAACCCAAUGGAGGAAGAACAACCACCAGUGCAGGUGGAACCUGGGAUGGAUACAUCCUCAAAAGCAAACAUGAUGGAGGGCAGUGACUGGGAAGAUAUGGAAGCUUAGACAUAAACUUAGAAAGG